UCAUCUAUAUAUUAUUUAUAGUAUAUUAUAGUUUUGUACAUAAUUACAUUGGUGGCAACGAUGCUAUCUUACUUCCUUUUCUUUAUAAUGAUACCAACAUCUCUCCAUGCCUUGCAAAUUCCAACGGAUAAAAACAGAAUCUUGCUCCAAAACUCUGAGAAUGGCCGGAUUAUUCCUCUUGAACGAAGACGUGGUGGUCGUAAUUCUUCUUCAUCUGCCUGCGAAAUCUCUAAUCCGAUUCAAAUUAGUAUGCAAGCAUUGGCUCUCGAUCAUCUCUGCGCAGCAGUUCUGCCAUCUCUACUCUCUCCGCCACCCGAAACCACUGCCCUCUCUCAUCCUUCGAACUCAUACCUCACACUGCUUUUACUUCAAUCCAGUUUCAAGUAGCCAUAAGCUCGUACCUUACACUGUCACCGUUCCAAAUUCGAGAAUCUUGAAUUCAUGCAACGGGCUGAUGCUGCUGCAGUCUGUCCAUCCAGACCCAGUGGAGUAUCAUGUUUAUAAUUCAACCACAAAACAAUCAAGAACUAUCAGCCUUACUGAUAGCGAGGAUUUCCCGAAGAUUAUGGGGCUAACCUUAGCAUUUGAUCCUUCAAAAUCGCCUCAUUACAAGAUCGUGUGUGUCAGGGCUAAAAUGAAGGCCCCUUCUGCUCGUGAGAGACAUUGUCGGAUUGAGGUUUUCAACUCUCAGAGCCUCACUUGGAGGGUGUGCUUGGAGCAGCUUACAGCUCCUACAGGAGCAAACUUCUCUACUGGAGUACACUGCAACAACGUGAUUCACUGGGAUAACUAUCCUCGCGCUCAUUUAUACUAUAAUAUAAACAAAAAUGUCGUUGGAAAUUUACCUCAUGCUCAAGUUCCAUGGCAUGGAGGUGGAGGAGGGGCGGCUUCUCACUGCCAACUCCAAGAAUCAAACGGUCUUCUCUAUCAUUUCAUCAUAGUGUCGCACCUUGGCGACACAUCAAUAGCAGUUUAUGAACUGCAGGAAGAUUAUUCUCAGUGGCUACUGAAGUAUCAUGAUGAAGUUGGGCAGCUUCCGGGAAAGUCUCGCAUAUUAAGCUACAUAAAGGGAGAGGAAGGGCAGAGUUGCACUAUGCUCACUCAUGUCCCUGGAAAGAUUACCUUGUACAGUUUUCUCGACAAGAGAUCCAAGGAGAUCGUUGAUUUGACAAACCAGCCAUUCUAUCAGGAAGAUUCUGUUCAGUUCGAUUCCACAGAUGUUUUCCACUUUGGUGAAACUCUAGCUCCUGUCUAG